CCCGGAGCCAUGGCGGCGGCCGCUUACGAGCUGUUGGUGCUGGGCGGGGGGUCGGGAGGGCUGGCGGGGGCACGGCGGGCAGCCGAGCUCGGUGCCCGGGUCGCCUUGGUGGAGCCGCACCGCUUGGGCGGUACCUGCGUCAACGUUGGGUGCGUGCCGAAAAAGGUGAUGUGGAACGCGGCGGUCCACGCGGAGUUUAUCCACGAUCACGCCGACUACGGCUUCGAAACGCCCGGCGUCAAGUUCCACUGGAGAACGAUUAAAGAGAAGCGCGAUGCUUACGUGAGGCGCCUGAACGAGAUCUACGAGAACAACGUAAGGAAGGCUCACAUCGACAUCAUUCGGGGAUACGGCAAGUUCACCGCCGAUCCCGAGCCUACCAUCGAAGUGGAAGGGAAAAAGUACACAGCUCCUCACAUCCUCAUAGCCACGGGCGGGCGCCCGGCCGUCCCUCCCGACAGCGAAAUUCCCGGUGCGAGCCUGGGGAUGACCAGCGACGGCUUCUUCGACCUGGAGGAGCUGCCCAGGCGCAGCGUUAUUGUCGGGGCCGGCUACAUCGCGGUGGAAAUGGCGGGGAUCCUUUCCACGCUGGGCUCCAAGUCAUCCCUGCUGAUCCGCCAGGACAAGGUCCUGAGGACUUUCGACUCCAUGAUCAGCUCCAACUGCACCCAGGAGCUGGAGAACACGGGGGUGGAUGUCUGGAAGCACACGCAGGUCAAGACGGUCACCAAGUCCCCUCACGGGCUGCUGGACGUGACGGUGACCUCCUCGGUGCCCGGCCGCAAGCCGACGGAGGGAGUGAUCCGGGACGUGGACUGUCUGCUGUGGGCCGUGGGGCGGGAGCCCAACACCGAGGAGCUGUGCCUGGACCGAGUGGGCGUGCAGGUGGACGCCAAGGGCCACGUGGUGGUGGACGAGUACCAGAACACGACCAGGAGAGGGGUCUACGCCAUCGGGGACGUCUGCGGGAGAGCCCUCCUCACCCCAGUGGCCAUCGCGGCCGGCAGAAAGCUAGCCCACAGGCUCUUCGAGGGCAAGCAGGACUCCCGGCUGGACUACUGUAACAUCCCCACCGUCGUCUUCAGCCACCCGCCCAUCGGCACCGUGGGCCUCACCGAAGACGAAGCCGUGGCCGCGCACGGGAGGGAGAACGUGAAGAUCUACAGCACGUCCUUCACCCCCUUGUACCACGCCGUCACCCAGAGGAAGGUUAAAUGCCUCAUGAAGCUGGUGUGCGCCGGCAAGGAGGAGAAGGUGGUGGGCUUGCACAUGCAAGGGCUGGGCUGCGACGAAAUGCUGCAGGGCUUUGCGGUGGCCAUCAAAAUGGGGGCCACCAAGGCCGACCUGGACAACACCGUCGCCAUUCACCCCACUUCGGCCGAAGAGCUGGUGACGCUGCGCUGAGGCAGCGGGCGCAGGCAGCCCCGGGGACGGCGGCUGCAGCCGGGGAAAAUGGGUUAUACGUCUUAAAAAAAAAAAAAAAUGCCUGAGCGGCAGGUGAGCGUGGCUGUAAAAUCGGUGCGGCACUUUGCUUCGGAGUGGCAAAUAAAUCCAGCGAUGCUGGCAAGUCGCUGCUUUUCGCUU